GCCUCCCACGCGAACCGCUAGUGUGUGAGAGGGAGAGAGAAUGUUUGACCGCAUUUUGGAAGCGGCCCAGCGUCUGUCGUUCCUUCCCGCAGGACAUCCGCACCGACUUCAGUGGGUCCGAAUCCUCGGUCCUUCGUAAAGGACUCUAGGCGAGCAGACGGGACGGGCAGGGGUUCGCCUGUUCGCCUCGCAGCUGCACUACGGACGGACGCAGCUCCACAACUUGACUGCACCUGAUUUCGUGCCCCACACGCCUGUACGCUAAUUUUGACACCGAAUGCUGCACCGUUGGGGGAGCGAACCUGCACCGUCGGGGUCUUGAAGAUCAUGUAGGCGUCGCAAGGCACUUCCGCGUCCAGAAUUUAUUGGUUAUCGUGGAUUGUCAUGUCGCCCUGGAUUCACUCGAUGAACACGGAUGGGUGUGAUGGAGGCUCGUUGCUGAAGAGAUGAAGACCAACUAUGUAUGGGUGUUGUGAAUUCUUCGGUUCCGUGAAACAGUUUGAAUGAAAGGGAUCAAGCAUUCUGCUACUAGGCGAACAAAGAGAGAUGGCUUAUGACAGGAUUUUUGCUGCAAAUUUUGCCGAGGGCAAUGCAGCAAGUGAAGUUGGAGCUGUGUCGGGAAGCGGACCUGCUACGAAUCUCAUGGAAAACAUCUCUAGUGCUCUAACGUCAACAAGCCCCUCCCCAUCAAUGGCUGUAUCACAGUUUGAGAAAUUACCUUCGUCAACAACAGACCCCCCCUUUGAUUGGGCAAAUAAUUUUAAUGUGUCAUAUUUUGCUUCAUUAUUUGGUAAUCCUGCUUGCUCACAAUGGGGUUCUGUCAAUCAUAUGUACUUCCAGUUAGCCAAUACAUUUUUCUUUUUGUCCUACCUUGCCCCAAGUGGCCUGUAUGGCAUGGUGUACUUAAGGUCAACUCACUUGAUAGGCUGCGCACUGUUCGCUCUUUGGGGAUGGUCGGUAAUUUGCUCAUUUGAUGCAUUCUUGUGGAAUGUGAAUUUUGUUGUGAUUAACUUCAUCCACAUCUGCAUCCUUCUCUACCGUCUGCGCCCUGUGAAGUUCACCAAAGAAGUUGAAGAGGUGUAUGUGGCCCUGUUUCAACCUUUGAAGGUGUCGAGACACCAGUUCAAAAAGGUGUUGAGCUGCAUGAAGAUGAUCCGCCAACUGAAGUAUCAAGAAGUUUAUGCGCAGGAGAAGGUCACCAAAGUAGAUUCACUUUCUCUCGUUCUGUCUGGCAAGCUGGUUGUUUCCCAAAACUUUCGUGCCUUGCACAUUGUGUUCCCUCAUCAGUUUUUGGAUUCACCGGAGUGGUUUGGGGUGUCCACUGAUGAAUAUUUCCAGGUCUCAGUGACUGCAAUGGAAGACUCUCGUAUUUUGUUGUGGCAUCGAGAUAAACUCAAGCUAACAAUCAUAACAGACUCUUUUUUACAAGCAGUAUUUGACCACAUCCUGGGCAGGGAUGUUGUUAAGAAGCUUAUGCAGAUUCCUGUAGUUGGCACGUCUGUUGAUGAGGACAGUGCGGUUUUGUCGGUGAACGAGACCAUGGCAGCUAGUGUAAACGGACAUCUGCCAAAUAGCCUUGAAGAAGCAGGGGAAGAAAAGCCGAUGUUAAUUGUCAAGAAAAGCGGGGACGGCCCUGGAAUAACUGCGCUUAUCAACCGACAGCUUCAAGCAACGGAUCCCAAUGCAUGGCGCCUAGGCAGGAUAGAAGAAACGGACCAUGAAACUCCUGUGUAGCGCAUGCCAGCAAGGACCAUGCUUGGACCAACCCAGCAAUACUUCACUGCUUUAAGCAGAAUUUUGAUAAUGUGCCUCAUGUAGGUAAAUGAAAAGUCCUAAUCUUUUGAUUUUACCAAACCAUGGUAAUGUAAAAUAUACAUAAAUGUAUUGAAAAUAGAUGUUUGAUGUUACCCAUAUAGUAUUUUUGAAGAUAAGUUGUUUCAUUGUGAAACAAAGUACUGCUUAAUUCAAACAAAGUUCUAUUGACGUAUUUAUCUUGAAUGACUGCAGUAGUGUUGUUUUGAUGUUGACCUUUAAGCAGUAGCUUGUGAUUUCCUAUCUGCUUAAGAUAAAAAUUUUGAUGAGUGGCGCCAAAUUAAAACUUAACUGCUGUGUUAUUAUGGUGAAGCCCAAAUAUGGAUAUGCCCCUCAGUAUUCUUUAGUAUUUCCAAGGUAACAAAUUUAGUAAGUGUUUGUAGGUAGUCUUCCUUGCAGAGUAUAAUCCCAAGAAUAGUGUUAUGUAAAUGGUUAUCUUAAUUUCAUUGUGAUACAAUGUGAAAUUUUUUUUCCUGGGUACUUUCAGUUUUUUCUUGCCUUUUGUUGACAGCUGGGUCAUUCUUCAAAAGUUGGUUUCACUAAACACCUGACCUGUAAAAUUCUUUUGGGUCGGAAAAAAAAAUUAGUCACUCAACACUCUAAUUGGACUGUUUGAUGCCUUUAUAUGUGGUGAACACUUUGACCUUUACUACAAACUAGAACUAAAACUUUAUGAAACAUUCAAAUGCUGGCUUACCCUUAUGCUGAAACUGCAUUUGUAAUUAAAUUUUAAUGUGGAGUUAUUUUAUGCGCUUUGAUUGCAAAUGUCAUGUGUGAUGUAAACUGCCGGAUAAUAUUUUUUUGUAAUCUACCUGUAUGAUGUUAUGUGUGAAGCUUUGUGUCAGUGUUAUUCGAUGUGAUAGUCAAUAUUCACAUACCUGUACCUACCUAUUUAUUUAUUUAGUUAUUUAUAUAUAUAUGAGAGUAGGUGAAAAAUCUUCAGAUCGAUUGAUUGUUUAUGACUCUCUGGUUUUUAAUUUACAACUCAGCUUGUGGACACCCAUACUUCCCAACAAAAAAUUUCUUAAAAAUAAUGUGAUAAUGAAUUAGCUUCUAUAAAUAAUUUUGGGAUCAAAAUAUAAGCAAAACCACUGGCAGAAGAGAAAGGAAAAGAGCAGGCAUUCAGGCAUGAGACGGAAAUGAAAUGUUCCAUCAAUGAUUGAUAAAACAAGCUCUUUUUCAUUUUAAUCUGUGAGUUAGGUUUGUGCGAGUCUUACUGAAGGUACUAAGGUCUCAUUUUAAAGGUUCAGACGUGUUAAGGAGAAAAGGCUUUUCCCAUUGAAAAGCUACUGUUGAUUAUUGGGCAAGGAUGUCAGACAGUUGUCAUUUUAGUUUACCCCUAGCGAAUGUGAUGUCUUUGACAAUGUGAAUUCCGUUUCAUAAUUAAUUUUGUGUAUGCUACCCGACUGUUCUGCACAGCCUCAUUGUUAGUAUGGUGGCUCGUAAGAUAUUUAUAAUUUAUUCUAUUGUAUAUAAAUUUAUUCAUUUUAAAUGUUGACUAGUGAAUGAAUGAAAUUAAGGAUUAUUAAUGUUGUGUAACAUAUAUAUUUUAGGAAACUUUCUCAGAAAUACUCUACUUAUUUUAUAAUCAAAGUUUUGAAACAUGAGAAAGAAAUGUUUUAAAUUUGGUUUUAAAUGCUACCAGUAUGGUGUUACUUCAAAUGAAGAUUGUGAUGACAAUUAACUGGUUUAUGUAUGGUGAGUGGCAGGAGAAUGUUAAUUUUGCAGCAUAGUUCUUAUUUUUGUACUUAUCAGGACCCAAAAGCGUUACUGAGAUGAUAGUAGGUAUAUUUUAUUGUAAUUUAUUCACUGAUGUAACAAUAACAGUUGGAUGACCUCACCAUAGCACUCAGAUUGUUUAGGAUAAAUGUUGCGGUAAACUUCUUGGUAUAAUGAUUUAUUUAAUUAUGCAAUAUGAACAUCCAGAUUAGAAUCAUAUUCAAAAUAGAUUGUCUUUAAAGUACAAACUGGUGCUUGGUUACAUCAUGGUCACAUGGUUACUCAUUUAUUCAGUUUGUCCAACACUGCCUUGAAUCAUCAGACUUGUAUAUGUACACUCCGCAUUGGCAUGCCCUGAGACUGGGCGUCUUUGUCGCCUGCCUCACCUUUUAGCACGCCAAUGUCGCCCAGUUUCGGGGCACCUUUGUCGUCGCCUGGUCUCAUGGUGUACAAAUCUUCCCGCACCCGGCCCUCUCCCAUGGUAGAGCAUGCACAGGUGCCUAGUUUCUGGGCGACCAAGAUGCCCAGAUUCUGGGCACCAAACUGGGUGACAUUCGGCUCUCUAAAAAGUGGAGCAGGCGACAAAGGCUCCCAGUUUCGGGGCAUGCCAAAUUUAAAGAGUGGUCUCGGCUUCAUUCAUUUUAAGACUUUGCCUCUCAACCUAUUGAUCCUUCAUUUCAGCAUAGAAAACCAAGGCGCGUAGCCGGAGCGAGGGCAAUUAAUUGAAUGGGGUGCACGCAGCCCCCCCCCCUUUUCCUCCCCCAUGGGGCAUCGACGUAGACAACCCACAGAACAAUCCGCCUAAAGGCAGGCAGCCCACAGUACUUGCUGAAGGCGCCGGCAAGAGUGCAUGACGCAAACGAAUAAAGGAGUGUUGUCCGCUAUGAGCAGGAUCUGGGUUCGAAUUACAGACACUUGUAUCUUUUCAUCGGUUUACAACUUGUAUCUGGUAUCAUCAGUACAAGUUUCGUGGCAUUCCCUACCACGUGAGUCGGUAGCCUAGUGGGCUAAGGAGUCGGCUGUCAUGAGGAGAACGCGGGUUCAAGUCCCGUGGGCCCCAAACUUUUCCUGAGUUUGGCUCCCAAACUCUCAGUUCACUUCUUGAACCCAAAGAAUCAGGUCUGAAGUUGAGCGAGGAAGGACUGUGUCGUUUGGUGGGUCAGGCCGCAGAGGUAGCGGCCGCCCGGAGAGGGGAAACUGGUUCAAAUCCCAGGCGUGGAAACGUUUUCCUCAGUUGAACUUUGAAUAAAACAAAUUUUACAAUAAAAAGUGGCUGAGAGCGCAGAGGAAGUGGUUGCUCCGAGAGAGCACUCGGAUUCGAAUCCCAGGUGCAGGAAUAUUUUCCUCAGUUGACUGCUUGAAUGCGGUACCAUCACUCUAAGUUUGGACAAACUUCUAUCAAUCGGCGCCUUGGUGGCUCAGUGUGUUGGAGUGUCGACUGUGGUUAGAGGUACGCGGGUUCAAGUCCCGGCUAGGUAUGGCUUCUGUUUUUCAUCGCAGCGCUUUUGCAGCAGCGUGUCGAAUGGGUGGCCUACCUUGUCGGCGCGGCCCGACGACAAUCCUGGCUUUCCCCAUUAAGGUACAAAAGAGUACCUGCGCCUUCGGCCCCAACCCGACCCCUGCGUGUCGUAGGUGGGCCUACCUUGGUGGCGCGGCAUGUAUGUACACGGUUAACUUCCAUCUCUAAGAUGCAAAAGAGUUCCCGCCGUCGGCCCCUCCCCCCCUACCCCCCCUCCCCGAAGGAGGGUGGAGUAGGGCAAUCAUAAAGGGUUAGCAACCUGACCUGGCUGGUGGCGAACCAGGUACGACGGGAAUCGUGUGCUGCCGCAUGGCCUCCAACCAGCCUCCACGGCCCAUCGCUCUGCCACCUGAGCUACGACAACACACCUGCCUGACACGUCCUAUCUUAGAGUGAUGGUACCGGGUUUGAGAAGUAAACAGAGGAAAAGAUUUCGCUCACCUGGGAGUCGAACCCAAGACUUCCUCCCGCCGGCCGACUCCUCUGCCCUCUCGGCCAUCCUGCCACUGCGAGCUAACCCGAUCAAUCUUAGAGUGAUGGUACAUACGUAAACAGAGGAAAAGAUUCGCUCACCUGGGAAUCGAACCCAGGACUUCCUCCCUCCGCUUCCCAUACCCUCAGUCCGCGUUUGGGCACAUCUUUUGGAAGUGAAGUGGUGGCUCAGACCAGCGGUCAAGGGAACGCACGCCUGUUUCACCUCAUCACCUUUCUUUAUUUGUAUUUUUCUCUAAUUGCACAAACUUUUUUCAGCGGCCAACUAACACAGUUUUGCUUGAGCCAUUUAAGUUGUCACGAAGCUAAUUUUUGUUCGGUAAUAAAUACGCACAUUUGGUGAACGAGAUCAGUGUGUCGCUUUGAAGGUGACUCAGUUUUGUACUACCCUUUGAAUUUGAGUUCUAGAGUUCUUAUGAUUUUGUUGACAUAAUUUGACAUGUUACUUUGAAAGCCAUUUGAAUUUUGUGGCAAAUAGUGCAUCCUUCAGAUCUCCCCAUUGUGUUUUCUCAAAGAAUCUUUACAGUAAUGCAAUCCAUAAAACUGACUAUCAUGACAAUCAUUGUUCCUCCAUUGACAUUAUUUUGAUUUCGAGUAGUGAGUGAGAAGUUUUCAUAACGGUGCAACUGUUUUGUUGGCUCUAAACAAAUAUUUUCUUUUUAAUUAAAAUUGAAUGUGUACUGUCGUAAUAGUGAGUAAAGUAUGAGAAUACUUCUUAAUUGAUAUUGUGUUCUGAAUGUAUGAAUGUAAGGGAAACGUGUGUACUUAGAUAGUUACUGUGUAACAAGAUUGUUAUCUUUUACUUUCAAUUGUUUAUGGAAGCAUUCCUUGAAAAUGUUCCACUCUUGUGUUGAAACUGUAUUCCAUGUUUUGUUUCUGUGAAAUAAGAGGCAUUUAUUCAUGAAA